AUGAAGCUAUCAUCAAUUGAAGUUAGCUCAAGGAACAUGUUUCAAGAUCAAAAGAAUGAAUCUUCUGAUGAUAGCCGUGUUCGACAAUCUGGUUUUGUAGCCGACAUAGCUUCAGAUUUUUCAAAUCUCAGUGACCAAGAACAAGGCUGGUUGAUAAUGCUUUACAAUAGUAGGACUAAAGACACUUCGCCAGCAGCCGAUGGAAUAUCAGAGGGGUCAAUUUGUAAUGAUCAGCAGCUUGGUGCGACCGUCGCUGUUGAUCAUGCCAAAACAAGCACAACCACGUCAUCAGGGGCUGGCGAAGUAUGCACAGACCUGAUUUGCAAUGAUAGUGAUCAAACUCGGCAGCUUGAUUUGUCGGCCGAUUCUGUUUCUCUUGAGCAACUGGAUCAAGACUAUUUGGAGACACAAGAGGAUGAACGUGCUAAUAUGGGCAAGAUCAAGUUGCGAGAAGUAGAGAUUGUCCCACAAAAGGUGGCUAAUGGUAAUAAAAGUCAAGUUCAGCAUACCGAUUCUAGUGAUGACUGA